AAAAACAGACACUUGGGCUUUACAGUUCAGACCUGUUCCUGUCUAUUUUCCAAGCGAUUCAGCUCCAUCCACCCCCGUGUCUAGCAGAUUUCUAUCGUCUUCUUCCCCUCUGAUCAUCUUUUGUAAUGCCGAGAGGAAGAUCGUCCGUGUGACAAUCACGCCAGGUUUUCUCAGUCCGCUUGACAAUGGAUGCCACUGACGACGAUUUCGGUGAUCUGUACGUUGAUGCCGAGGCUCAGGCGACUUCUGCCGUCGCCGGAAACGCAGAUUCGGGGAAGUUUCCCGGAGAAUCAGAAUGUGGCACGGAUUUGGACAGGAUUGAGAGUUCUGAGACGAGGACAACUCCUUGGCCGGAUGCCGAUGCCGGAACCGAAGCGAAGAAACUCGGCGUCGAGACUCGGGAGUCGAGUCUGUGUGUGGACGGCGGCGGUGAUGUGACUCAGAUCGAGGAGAGUAUCGACUCGGAAGAUAGUGAGAGUGACGACGAUUUGAAUAUAGUACUCACAGAUGGGGACAACGAGAACGGUGGAUACAAUGAUGUUGGUCCGAAUGGCGUUGAAGCAUCUGAUAGUAAUAACUCGGCUCGGAGACCGGAGACAGGCAACGGGUGCCUAAUGUCGGAUAACCCAAAAACUGGUAGUGGCAUGAAGACGGAGGCUUCGGGUAAUAAUGCUUGCAUUAAUCGAGCUGAAGGAACAUCUCAAUGUGGAUAUAGUUUCUUUCAGCCAUGGUGUAGAACUGUGUUUGGCUCGAGUAUCAACUUGUUUGAGGAGAAACCGUGGAAGAAUCCUGGUGCAAAUAUCACUGAUUUCUUCAAUUUUGGGUUUAAUGAGCAGAGCUGGGAAGACUACUGCAAGUCCUUGAGACAUCAUUAUGCAUUUACCAACCAGGUCCAGCACGCAAUGGCUUUGGAUUAUGAUUUUCAAGAUAAAACUGAAGUUGAACCUUCGGCAAGAUCCAAUGAUGGAAGAUCAAGUCUCCUGAUGAAAGGAAGAGCGAUUGAAGUCGAAGACAGGACUCUUGAGCGAAUACCUUCUGUGGAUCUGCGUCGUCCUCGUGAUCCAGAUCCUGAUGUAGUGAUUCAGAUAACCGUGGAUAGUUCUGUUCGGGAGCUAUCGGGCUCGACCAUUGAGGAACCAGGUCAUCUCCCCACUGAGACAACAGGUGCAUCUGGAAAUGAAAAUGACAACAAACAGAUGCAUUCAUCCGUUGACUCAACAGAAGAACAUGCCUCUAUGGAGUUCCAAGAAGGAAACAAUAGAAUUUCCAGCAGUGAGCAGUCUCCUUCGGAAGAGAAUUGUUGCAGUCCAGAAGGAGCUCCAUGUGCUAAGGAAGUGAUUGAUAAGGAAGAAAAAGAUGUUUGUGGGAAUUCAGAUGAUUCAGAUCCUUACCCAGUUGAGAGGGAAUCAUCUCUUCCAGAUCAAAUUCAUUUUAGUCCUACUCCUUCCUAUUCUGUCGGUAGGAGCCAGGAAUCUGAAGAUUCUGAAACUGAAUCUGACCAACUUGAAGUCUCGACACCACCUCGACCGACUAAGCCAUCAGAAUAUAAGGUCCAUGAACGAAACAGUAUCAAAACUGGAGAAAGGAACGAGACAAAACAUCCCAGUCGCAGAAAAUCUCACGAUGUUUGGGAAAGGAAUGGGACAAAGCGAGUCAGGCCCAGAAGAUCUCACGAGGAGCUGAGAAAACGGCAUUGCGGGAGACCUGACUAUGCUGGGAGACCUGACUAUGCUGUACAAAGGGAGAUACAACUGGAAAAUGUUAGGGAAUCAUCGUCUGGAUCAGAGUCAGAUUCUGGCAAGGAAAAACUUGUCAGAAAUAGACGUCCUAUCUGUUACUCAAGAAAAUACUGGAAUAAUGGGCAGCCAUCUAACUCAAGAAGAGGUGACAAGGAUGACAAGGGGUUUCAUGUGUCAGAUGGAGAAAGACGUUAUAGGAGGAUCUAUGCUUCAACGGACCAUGGUAGAUGUGGAAAGGGAGAGCUGCACAAGUUUGAUUAUCAGCGUAAUAAACAAUCAUUGCGCAAUAGGGGCAUGGAACAUUCCUAUGGUUACAAUUACGAGAAGAAAUUCGGAGAUUAUACUGCACAUUCAUCCUUCAAUAAUCCGAGGAGAAAGUCGUCAUGGAGCUUUAAGGAAGAGGAGGAUCCAUAUAAUCAACAUCAUUGUGAAAGAGGAUAUUUUCAUGAAAGAAGUGCCGCGUUUCUUAAUGAUUGGAACAUCCGAGGGAGAAAUCGAUAUGAUUCCCGUACAGAACACUUUUACAUGGAGGAAGUUCCUUUAACCGAAAGGGACCAUAGGUUUUUUUCAGAUAACAGAAACUAUAACCACCAAUGGGGACAAGGGAAUGAUCUACGUUACAGGGACAGGUAUGAUUAUGACAAUCUUUUACAUCGUUAUCACUGCGAAGAUGAAGUUCAUAGGAAAAAAUAUGGAGUGCCACUUAACUCGGUGUACCAUGAGAGGCAGCACUCUUUUGAUGAACCGGGUUGGAGGGAAUAUCCAGAGUAUGAAAGAGAUGGGGAAUUCUCUUGCAGAGGGGAAACAUACAACUUUGCCCCCGAUAGGCGUAUUGAUGGGUUUGCCUCCGAGAAGGCCGGUUUUCAUUACAGAAUGAAAGGUGUCGAGCCCUCAUAUUCUCUAUCGCUGAGAGAAUCCUGGUAUGCUAAAGGAGCAAGAAGUGAAAUGUGGAAAGCGAACAGAUCAUUUGAUAGCCGAAGGGAGCGGUCAUACAAAGCUGGAGAAAGGGAUGAUGAUCGGAUAGGGAAGCUUACUGAUAUUGGACUUAACAAUGACGAAGAUUGGAGAUAUAAGUCGAAGAACGAAACCGGAGGUGUAACACAUCACGACGGGCAUCCGUUAAAUACCGGUGAUAUGUCAGAACGCUACAGAAGAACGCCAACAUCUACCGAAGAAAGAAGUAGCCAUAGCCAUGGAAAAGACAGGAUCCAGGAUCCAGAUGACGUAAUAAACGGCAGACAAGGCAAGGCGAAGUUAGAGGGAACUCACUUCAAGAACUUGCAUGGUUAUUCACGAUUCAAGAUUCGAGAUGAAGAAUCGAGAAAGCUAGGCAAGAAGAAACACCUGCAGAUUCAAGAUUCGGAAGAGAUAGACGAGGAGCGGAUAAAAGAGAGCUUGAAGAAGAUGGAGAAACGAAGGGAGAGGUUCAAGGAAUCAGAAACGGAGAAGAAGAGGGUGGCGAGAGGUGAAGACGAAGCAAAGGCUGAUGAACUGAGGGCUGAUACAGAUGAAGCCAAGCAGCAACAAAGGCCAGUUCGGAAGAGGCGUUGGUGUGCUUCUUCUUAAUUCCAUAGAUAUAUAUAUAUAUUAUAUAUAUAGUGAAUUCAUGGCCCACCAAAGGAUGGUUUUUUUGUGUGCAUGUUUCUGAUUCUUCU